UUGAGGGAACCGGCUGUGUUUGGGGGAGGCGCAACGUCGGAUCCAUGUUACACCAACACGCAUGCAAGAACAGCACUUGAUCAUGAAUUUUCAGUUCCUGUUUGGCCCCGACUGCAGAGAUGCAGGUACGCGAAGAUAUGAGGUGCUCCUGCUCGGCCCCUGUACAAUUGUUGUCAUCUGGCGGUUGUGGAAGAUGAACCAGUCUUGUAGUGGCGUGGAUUUACAUAAAGUUUAUUAGUGUCACAGACGUCGGACUGACUGCAAAACUGCCACAUUGAAAUCUCACGUUUGGUCUUCCCCGCUUAGGAAAGUGUGUCUAACACUGGCAUGCCUCAGUUAACUGCAGCUGCUGCUUUGCAGAUUGGUUUAUUAAUAUCUGCACUUCCUGCUCAGUAUAUUUUAACCCGCUGGUUUGGCAGUGACUCUACACAGCGCAUCCAGGCAUCGAGAAGGUUAAUCAAUAAUUGGAAUCAAUUCAGAAAAUCUUACUUAACUUUGCAAGCUUGGAAGGACUGGUUAAAAGAAUGGAGUUUGAAGGGGAGAUCUGUUCAAAACGAAGACCCUCUUGGCGAGUCCCCAGCUGUUGAAGUCUUGUUAUUAAAAGAAAAGGAUGGAUACUUUGCAGGCUCAUUGGAGCCUCGGUCUCCAAGGUCGCCCCCUGUCAAAUACAGAGUGGGGCAGGUCUUCAGACACAAGCAUGAAGGAUACCUCGGUGUGAUAAUCGGAUGGGAUGAAUACGCCAAUGCCCCAGAUGAGUGGCUUCAUGAAAGAUAUCAUGCAGACUUCCAGAAUUUGAGAUACACUCCUCAUUAUAAGGUUCUUGUUCACACAAAUGAUGGAACAAGCUCAACAUCAGCCUAUAUUCCAGAAGAGGAUAUUGUCAUAUUGACAAGUAUACAGGUGUACCAUCCCAUGUUGAAUUCUUUCUUCAGCUCAUUCGAUGGAGACCGAUACGUGAUGAUGCCAUGGCUGAAACAAGUCUACCCACACGACUGAAUGGAGGUCAACUUCCAAUGGUGCAGGGAAAGCAAUUCACCAAAGGAGAAUUAAUGAGAAGCUUUUACGCUCAUUAAGCUCUUGAAUUAGUGAUGUACUUAAAAUAGAAGGGCAUCUAUUGAAUGUUUUUUAAACUGUUACCAUAACAGGUAUUUUCAUUUGGAAGGUCAAAUAAAUGCAAUUUGAUUCAGUC